GCGGGAAGGCAACGCAAAAGCUCGUCACGUGGGAGCGCACAGCAGCUCAGCUCAACUCGUGACUCUGCAAGUCGAUCUUGAUUCGUGAUUCUCUUCGAGCCAUGAAAUCGAGAGUGGACAUCGAUGCCGCUCACAUUAAGACACUUCCCAUCAAGGCGCACCAAGUGGUGAUCAUCAUCACCCCCUUACAUGGAAAACGCGCACACAUUUUCGCAAUUUCCUUCGUCGCGCCAAACUCAUCGUGCGCGUGCUGCCAAGCCCGGGAGGCAUCUGAAAGUGAUCAACAGCCAUGGCGGCUUCCACGAGAAAAUUGGCCACCUUCGCCACAGGGUCCACUCCGAGACUGGUCGCUGCGCGCAGUGUUAGGGUGUUCCCAAGCUCAGAACCCACUUCGAGGCCGUCACGCACCCCAGUCAAUCUAGCGUGCUCAGGUAGGGUUGCACGCGCCACUGCAUCAGGGCCCGGGAAGCUGCUUCAAACCCACUCACCUUCGGCAGCCCCUUUGCUGCCCCUGACCUUUGCACCAAGCAAUGUCCACAGAGACGAUCCGCCAUUCUUCACAUCUCCACAGCACCCUCCUGCGGGUCCGAUCAGUCCGGAGGAGUACCGACUCCGAUUGGGCAGGGCACUCGACCUCUUACGCGCUACUUUGCCAGACUUAUUGCGGAUAGGCAUAGCAGACUACGACCACUCGAGCGCGAGUCAAGCGGAAAGAUCAGCAGCUUUAGGUCCCGUCUUUAGCAACAACAUUCAUUUCCGCUUCUUGCCUUCACCCGAGCACGACGAUGAGCCAGGCUCCGCCGCAGAUGCAGCAGCUGCUGCUGCGAACCUCGGUUUCAGCGGUAGAGGGCUAUACUUGGCCAGCGCCCAUGUUCUUCGACACGCUCUAAGCGCAAUCUUCGCCGAGGGCAGAGUUGAUCUGGAGAGAAUCAAGCUUGUGGACGGGAGCGGGAAACCUUGCUCGGCUGCGAUGGCAAGUCUGCCGGCAGCAGUCGCUCAGCACGACUCGAGCUCGAACGCCACCAAGCAAGCGUCCACUACCAAGCAUGCUAUUCUGGCGCGGAUCACCUACUCUGGCAAACUCAGGGUCACUGGACAACCGCAAUCGUACACGCUUCGGUUCCGCUACGAGUUCGAUCAUCUGGGUCAAAUCAACUUGCACGUGGUUGAACGCAUCGAGCCCGCUGUUGGCCGAAAAGUGAGUAGGACAGCCCGCUUCGGCGCAAUCGCGCACGGGACACGACGGGGUCGCGAGCAGGGCGACGCGGCGUGCUGAUAGUGCUGCUUUCUUCUUUGCAGCUGUGGGCAGGUCUGACUCAUGCAUUCAUGCGGUUAGCCGGUUUAGCACCGCCCAACCCUCAUCCAGUGCCCUCAC